GAUGGACCCGUCGUGCCUGUGCCACUACUCGUACAAGACGUGCUACAACGUCCGCGACCGGAAGCGCAACGGCGACCUCCACAAGCUCUGCGCCUUCCACCGCUUCAAGGCCAAUACAUCGCACCGCAAGCACGUCCUGAAGCGGACGUCGUCGUUCACGCCACUACCCGAUCUCUCGCCGCCGACUCUCGACCUCGAGACGAUCCAGGUCCUCUUAUCCCUCUAG